AGAUGUGUGCCCUGUCCGACGGAAUGCGACAUCUGCGGCGAGGGAGGAUUAUGCGAAGCAAAACGAGAUCUGUACCUAAGAAGCAUAAUCCUCAGCUUAGAGCUUGUGUGCAUGUUUAUCACCAUCAUUUUGGCCUUAAUUGUGUUUAAGCAAAGGAAAUGCAAAGCUAUAGCAUCGGGGAUGUGGACGAUAUUGGAGACCGUGCUUUUGGGAAUCUUUUUUCUCCACGGAAUGGUGGUCGUACACUACUUUGAGCCAUCCGUACUUCAAUGCCUACUAGAACGGUGGGCCCGCGAGCUUGGAUUUAUCAUAUGCUACGGUGCCAUUAUUUUAAAACUCUACCGUCACCUGAUCGAGUUCCGCACGAGAAAAGCACACCGAUGGGUAAUCAAAGACACGGAUCUGCUAAAAUACCUUCUCAUUAUGUUUAUGUCGGUAUUCGCGUAUAUGGCGGCAUACACUGCAAUUAGUGUUAACUUUGUGCAAGAAAACUACAGUUUACUUUCAAAGGGCGAAACAUUAGAAGGAGUUCAUUAUGAAGCUUGUAAGCCUUUGUGGUGGGAUUACGUAACGCAGGUUGGCGAACUUGCUAUACUCAUUUUUGGGAUUCAUCUGAGCUACGCCAGCAGGAACGCUAGGACCCAAUUUCACGAAAGAAGAUAUUUGUGCGCGGCAAUUAGCAUAGAACUCGCGGUUAGUGGAUUGUUUUAUAUGGCUAGAAUUUUUAUACUUCCGGAUUUACAUCCUAACUUUGUACUUAUCGCACAUUUUAUAAGGACACAAUUUACGGCUACAAUAACGUUAUUGCUAGUGUUUGUGCCCAAGUUUUGGUAUCAACAGAAGCAGGUGCGCUCGCUGGCCCAGGAAUAUUCGUGUAGGAUCCCAGUCGACGCCUUCAAGGUAAUAAUAAUAAUGUCGUAUUGUUUAUUCGAGUUUCUUCUGUGCUCGUGA